AAUCACAAUUCAUUUCUCCAUCUCUCUCUCUAAAGUCAAGCCUUUCGUGUGAAAGGGAACACCUUCCAAGAACAAGAAAGGCAAAAGAAAGAAGGGAGCAUCCAAAGAAGAAGAAAACUCCAGUAAUGGAGACAGAAACAUCAACAGAACUAAAUUUCGACAGCACAACUUCAUCUCCAUACAUAACAGCUCCAUCAAGCCCAACUCGAUUUGGAAUCAACAAUGCUUUCUUCUUCAGUGCACCCACAAGCCCUUCACCAUCAACUUCCUCCAAGAAGAGAUCAGCCAGCGAUAUUGAUGACAAUUUCGAGUUCAAUUUCAGUGGUCAGCUGGAUAUAACUGCUUUCUCUGCUGCCGAUGAGCUCUUUGAUGGAGGAAAGAUUCGUCCUCUAGGUCCCUCACUUCCUCCCACUACUGUUUCUUCUCCCAGAUCUAGUUUUAUUGAGAGACAAGAUUCUGAUAGAGGAAGAGACCGGUCUCCUGUAUCUUCUACGCGUUAUGAACGUAAAGGAAGCCGUUCUAUGUCUCCCUUGAGGGUUUCAGACAUUAUGGUUGAUGAGGAUGAAUCACAUGAGUCAACAAAAAUGGUUGCUUCUAACACAAGCAACCAAAAAUCCUCUGCUUUCUUGUCAGCGAUUCUGUUCCCUGGUCGAGCGUAUAAAAAGUGGAAACUCAAGGAUCUGUUGUUAUUCAGGAGUGCAUCCGAUGGAAGACCGGUUCCAACCAAAGAGUCCUUGAAAAGAUAUGAUAUCCUUACAAAGAAAGAAGCUGAAAAUUCGAGUAUCAGAUCAAGGGAGAGUGCUGAUUCGCCGGUGUCUAGGUCGAGGAGGAGGCAUGGUGCAGUGGUUUCGGCCCAUGAGAUGCAUUACACUGAGAACAGAGCAGUUUCGGAGGAGUUGAAGAGGAAGACAUUCUUGCCAUACAAGCAAGGCUGGUUAGGCUGCUUAGGGUUUAACCCUGCGGCCCAUGAAAUUGCAAGAGUUGGGUCCUUGUCACGUGCUUCCUCUUGAUCCUUCUUGUACUUUUUUAUUUAUAUAUUAUUUUUUGAUGGCUUUAAUUUUCAAAUGUGGUGGUGAAAAAAUCAAAUCCAUCAACUUGAUGGAAAUAUAUGAUUUUGUUAAUUCUUAAAACGCUUCAUACAAAUGAUAAAAGAAAUUUAAAAAUCAAAUGUAAAAUUGGCUAAGAAGUAUUUCGGCUG